AUUUUGCUUCUCGCUCUGUUGUCAAUCAGUCUGGCGGCAGCCUUCCUAGAGAGUGGGUGUAUUAUGCGUUUUGUGCAGCGGCGGACAUGUGAUACAAUAAUACUACAGGCCAUUAACAACAGUGUGCGGGUCUGAGUGUUGUAAGCCAGAAAACACGACCAUAUCAACCACUACUACUACUACUACUACUACUACUACUACUACUACUACUACUACUACUACUACUACUACUUCUACUACUACUACUACUGCUUCUGCUGCUGCUGCCUGACUCCCAAACUGCUGGGCUGGGUGAAGUACUCCGAGACACGGGAAGAGAGAAAAAAACACCACCAAAGGACUGCAGGCGUGUUGCUGAAUCAAAUAAAUAACAACAAUGGCUAGCUGGAGCGCCCAUAGUGUAGUUACGCGGAACCACCACCAUCCGGAGUGAUCUACCACUAUUACCACCACUACUACUAUCAAUAACGUUACUACUGCUACGGCCACUGCUACUACUACUACUACUACUACUACUACUACUGCUGCUGCUCCUACCACCACUGCCACACGCACGUCUCACCACUCUCCCGCCUGUGGUGAUUGCGUGCGCGUGUGCGUGUGUUAGUGACCGUGUGUACGUGUCGCUGUCUGCGUGUACGUGGUAAAUAUACGUACACAAGUGCGUGUUUAUGUGCGUGUUUGAGGUGCUGUGGCUGUCUUCGAAGUUGACGUGACGCGUUUGGUACACACACACACACACACACACACACACACACACACACGUUUAGUCAAUGCGUGCCUAUCAUUAAUUAAAAUCUCUCAGCCCAAAUCACCCAUGAAAGUCGCCCAAAACUCGCAAUAAUCCGAAAAAAUAGCCCAAAACCACAAACCUAACAAAACUAGCCCAAAAAACGAACGAAACAAAAAAUCAGCCCAAAAAAAUAGCCCAAAAAACAGCGACGAGAAACUAGCCCAAUACCUACGUGGAAAAAAAAAUAGCCCAAGGUAACCCAGCAGGAUGAACGGAAUUAUGGGAAGGAAGAAGAAGUACAGGUUCCAGGUGGACUUGCGCGUGGAGGAGCUGCAACACGUCCCCUUCGUGAACCAGGUGCUGUUUGCUAAGGUGCGCCUACACGAGGGCAACAUGACGCACUAUUCGCCCAGAAUGAUGGUGGCAGAUCAUGCAGUGAGAUGGGACAGCCGCUUCACCUUCACCUGUAAGAUGACUGCCAACGCAUCCACAGGGGAGCUGGACUCGUGCAUGUGUCGCGUCUCCGUCAGGCAGGAGAUGCGGGGUGGCAAGGCAUUCCAGAAACUCGGGUAUGCAGACGUCAACCUGGCAGAGUUUGCCGGCUCGGGCGGGUCCCAGCGGUACCUUCUGGAGGCAUACGACUCAAAGACACGUCUGCACAACUCUAUGCUGAAGGUGACGGUUGAGAUGACGCUCCUGUCUGGGGACCCCUGCUUCAAGGCGCCAACGCCAGUCAUUUACAAAAAAAUGAGACGCAAUAGCACAACACUCUUCAUCACACUCACCCUCAACCUCGACACACCCCCGGAGGUGACACGCCGUAACACUUACAGGCAGCCUUUGAGAGGCACUCGCUACCAGCCGUCCGUGGAGGCUUCAGGGGAGGAGGAGCCUGCCGGAAGACCCACCUCAGGCUCCCUUGCCUCACUCACAUCAUCCGGCUAUGACUCCCUCAAGAAAAAGGUUCAUGAAGUGUUUGGGGAAGGGGAGGAGGGUGAUGCUGGAUUGGCAGGGGAGGUUCCAGGACAUUCCAGAAACUCCUCCAACACCUCACACGGCUCCCAUGCCUCUGGUUAUGCCUCCAUCAACUCCCAGUCUGAGGUGUCCGGCCACAUGAGACAACGGGUGCCAACAUUCACCGUGUGGUCCCCAGAAUGCAUCCAUCCUGCCUCCCAGCCUCCCACCUUCACUGUCUACACCAAUAAUGCUCCAGACUCACCCUACCUGCACCCUGGGUACACCGAUCGUCCAAAGGGUCUUGUGCCUCAUUCUGCUAAACCCACAGCACGCUUUCACCUGCUUAACCCUGAUUGCCCAUCCUGUGUCAGCACCCCACCACCUUGCCCACCCAAAGGCAACCUGCUGCGUACGCCUGAUCUCUACAGACUGCUGGGGGGCUCAACACGCUCUCUGGGGUCUCUGUCCUCCUCCAGCACCACGCGCGGGGGCUCAAUAUCAAGUGGGGAGGAUUCAAAUAAGUCAUUCCCAUUGACUGUAGAGGAACUGCAGUAUGCCAUCUCUGCUGCCUUGAAUGCCUGCAAUGAUACCUCUAACUUGCAUGGCCCUGCCACAGACUCAUUAAAGAAUGCAAGGAACAGCAGUGCAGGGUCUGGUGGGCUGAGUGAGGGAGGAGGAUCUCUGGAACGCACAGCAGCUGGGAGGAGCAAGGCACCAAGCAUCAGCACAACACAAGGGGAGGCCAACAAGGAGUCUCGUGUCGAUGCCACCAGGAUAGAUGCGAAUGACAUCAUUGAUAAACUCUUUGAGGACACCAAUAUUGAGUCUCUGAAGCCUGAUGACUCUGCUGAAACAUCAGGCCUGCAGCUGUUCAUCGGCCGGGACGGCACAGCAGCCUUGGGGGGCAGGACACUCAGCGUUGUGGGGGAGUUCAAGCCAGUCGUGUUUGAAAAGAGAUAGCACCAGCAGCAGCCUGAGGGAGGCCCACAGCCUAGCCAACCACCACAACCACCACCACCUUCCCCUGGGCCAGCCACUCCCCUCCCCCAGGGACACACCUCCAGGCUGCACCACAGAUAGUCUCAGCACUGUGCAGGAUGAGUGGACACUGUCACUCUAUGGACAAGUUGUGGUUGGUGAUGAACCAAAUUGAUGUGGAUGUUUGGUUGCAUUUUCCAUAGGUGCCGUGGAGUGCAAGGAGUGCCCUUUAUAGAGACAUGGUAAAAUUUAGCCGUAUUCUGUGACUUGGCAGCAAUUCGGAGAAAGGAGAAAUGGUUGGUUGGCGGCACUUCAUGACCAAGCCCUGUGAUGUCUGUUGGUGUUAUCUGUAUGUGUGUGUGUGAGUGGUGGCAGGAGCAGCUUGCGAUUUUUUGUAAUUCUCUAAUACAGUAAUAAUUGGUGUAACAGUUGUAAGAGGUGUAUUUAAAAGGAAUAUUAGAGGGAGAGAAAGAGGACGAUUCUCACAUUAUAGUGUUGAAAGCGUCAGUGGUCAGUGUCGGUCAUCCUUGCUCAGCUGUGUGUCUUUGGUGUUUUAGUCCGUCGAUGGCCCUUAAGAGGACCCUUGAUUGCCUUAUUGAUUCAUAAGGAGAGAGGGGAAGAGGGAGGCUGAAACAGCUCAAGAAUAAAGACCUUCAAAUUUAGUGACUGAUUGCAGAGAGAAAAAGAGAAUAGGAUAAUAGGCUUGUGUUGUGAAGGUUUUUAUUUAUGAUUAUAGCUGUGAACUUCAUCAGAUGUCAGAAAUAUAUAGAAUUGAUAAGGUAUUGUAUCAACUAACAGUGAUUCAUCAUCAGCUAUUUGUAAUAAGGAUUGUAAUAAUCAUGCCUCAUGCAUUCAGCUGUAAAUAUCAUACUACAUAUUUUUACAUAGAAUUUUGUCAUAUACCUAAUUAUGUAUUUAUUAUGCGAUAUGAUUGCAAAUUACACCAAAAAAAAAGUGCUAAGGUGCAGCACAUUGUGGGAGACUUUGACCCUUGCCAGAGAGUCUUUCAGAAAUACAUAUUUAUGUAAAGUUUUUCUUCAAUUUACAAACAAUUUAGUGUCAUGAAAUGUUACUAAUUCCAUUCAAGUACCAAAGGAGGCAUAUAUAUAUAUAUAUAUAUAUAUAUAUAUAUAUAUAUAUAUAUAUAUAUAUAUAUAUAUAUAUAUAUAUAUAUAUAUAUAUCUUUUCUGUUUAUAUUUUACUCCAUACUAAGAGUGGCCAGUGAUGAGCAGUGUUUCAGAAGAUGUUGCCAGAUAUUCUUUCAACAUUGACAUAGUUCAUCAGCAGCAAGGAAUCAUCACUCUUUGCCACGUCAGCUGAGCAUCAACAGCGUGCGCCUUUAUCCCAGUACAUUCUCAGAUGUGUCCUCGGCAGUGCACACACAAGCCGGGCAUAGAAGCAGUGUCCUGAACCAUCAUAGCCAGUUACUGUUACUCGUGUGUUUUUCCUCAUUGUACCAAAUAAUCUUUGUGUUGUGUUCAUGAAAUGGAAACAGAUCCUUAUGAAAGAAUGGCUCCCACUUACUAUUACUGUGAUUUGCAUGAAAGUUCAUGAUAUCAUAUAAUGUAACUAUUGGCUAGAAAUGAGUUCCACAAGUUUGGUUCAGGGCUAUUAUAAAUGUGUUUUAUAGAAUGUAGCCCCCAUGUCCUCAGCAUUACAGGAAAGAACAGAUUCUGAACUACAUAUCUCCUCUCAGAAUUUUUUUCACAAUCAUAACUGUGACUCUUGUGGUCUAUAUGAAGCUCAUUCUCUGUGGUUUUCAUUAGGAAAGGGUGAUGCAGUUUUUUGCUCAGUUUUGUAAAGCAGCGAAAGCAGACUUGCCAGGCUGAUUGAUGUCUAUAACUUCUGCAUGACUGUGCUCUGCCUGUACUUGGCUCACUAGUGCAGUUUCAGGUGAAGUCAUUGUGUCCAUGCAUUAUCAUAUAAAUACUAGUUGUGUCACCAGCUACCUUCAAAUGCCAUGUGUUGUGUUCAACUCACAAAUAAGAAUAUUUCUUCCAUUUACAAACAUAAAAGCAGCUGAGAUUCUCUUGUCAGCACUAUUGAUUCAACAGAUAAAACAUUCAGUGCCAUAAAAGGAUUUUAUCAUAUUUGUAUUAGCAGCAAAUGUUACUCAAGGCAGCUUUGUGUGUUAGAUAACAAUAGCACAUGGCAGUAAAGAGGCACCAUACUGCCGCUGUACAGUGGUUUCAAAUAUGAUGGUUGAAGUGGAUGGACCAAAACCUGGAUUGACACAUGACAAAGGCCAGAACAGAAUGUCAUUCAGGUUUUACAUUUCAGUUGAAGAAGGUUACAAGAGUUCAUAGUUUUUGUGUAAAGAUAGACGUUUCAAUUGCAUAGGUGAUUCAAAGUACCCCAUCACUGCCCAUUUCACUCCCUCCUUGACCUCCUGUUCCCCUUUCCAAUUGCCUGCUUCUGAGUAUUUUUUCUAUCUCAUCUCAGUGUAGCUUACAGAAAAACUGAAAAAUGUAGAUAGAACCUGUGAACUACAGCAAUUCAAGUCCAGCUAACCUAGCAAGUCUGUGUUGUUAAAUGAACUGUUUCAAUUGUUGAUCUUAGCUAAUUCUUGAAAACAAUAAUUGUUGAACUCUAGCAAACUCAGUGAACCUUAAUUGUUAAAAUCUUGGUGACUUGUGAACACUCAAUUUUUAACCUAGUCAGACAGUCCUCACGGUGCUCAGUGGCUAGCCGUCAGUCAGUGCAUCAGCUGUGUCCAUGUGCUGGGCCAGGCUGCGGCCCCCAGACAGCCAAUGCAUCAAGUGGGACUGUCAGUCUUCCCACAUUGUGUAUGUUUGUCUGGAAAUCAUCAUUACAUGAAGUGUCAUUUUGUCAUGAGUGGCAGUAUGCAUUUUCUCUACAUACUCAGUUCACAACAGUGUCUAGCUAUCACCAUGGAGUCUUUUAUUUAUUCAGUGAUUGUUUGUGUUAGAAAAGGAGACCGACCUAACCUGGAUCCAGCAAAACUGAGGAUCUGGUGUGGUAAAUCAUCCUGUUGUUGUCAGUUACUGCAAGUUGCUCUAGAUAAUCUCUCAGUGUGUCAUCAGCUUCAAGUCUUGUGAACAUCUGUGGAAUAGUACAAAUGAUGGUCUUUAAAUCACUGUAACAAGUAUUUGGAUAGUGUUGCUUUUUUUUUUUUUUUUUUUUUUUUUUUUUUUCUUCAUGAAGUGAACAGAAAUCUCCAUUCACUUGCUUAGGAAGAAAUUGCUCCUUUUGAAGCUGAGUACUAAUAUCUCGUCAAGACUUGUUACUCUGUAAAUUGUUACACUGACCACAUUUUGUCAUCCAUUGCAGCAGGUGUGGGUGGGUGGUGAGGUGGGUGUGUCCUUCCUCCCUCCUUCCUACCUGUGUCUCAGGGGCUGGGCAUCACCACCUCCAUCACCAACACUACCACCUCCACCACCACCACCACCAGCACACAUUCCACAUCUCACCUACCAGUGUUACCAUUCAGAACUCUGUGUGUAGUUAUGUUUAUAAUUAUUUUUUUGUAAAUAUAUAGUACAUUAAUAAUUAAAUAUAACCAAAAAUGAA